UCCGAUAAUCCCUACUAUAUUAUAGUAAGCUUAAGUUGUGUUACCAUAAAAAUAUUUCACGUGACCUUCCAACGCUUUCCCGCCUUCUCCAUCCGUCCAUUUGUGACGUCUGAACCAACAACAAUCCCGCAGAUCUGUCAGACCACCACAAAAUGGCUUUCCGAACUAUCCAGAGGGAGGCCAUUGAAAUCUAUGAACAAUUCUACGAUAUUCUUGAGAAGAGUGACUUCUCCAUUCCUACAUUUCUCGCGUUCGGUGCUGCUCUUCAACUUUUGAGCUAUGCGUACUUGCCGCCCCGACUCAGCGCCGCUCUUCCUUUGUUGUGGCCUGGAUAUCGCCUUGUGAGGUCUGGUAUCGGCUCACGCGAUGUAUUCAAAACAUUUUUCACAGAUGUUGUUUUAGGAAAGCACUCAACAAAGUUGCCCAACUCGCCGAAUGGUGUAGUUGUAUUCGUUCUUGGGGCCAGGCUCAAUCAGUUGGUGACAUGACCGGUAUAGACUCCGAAAUGCUCCAGCUAACACAAAAAAUAGUCCUUUCGGAAAGCUUUCUCCUGGAACCACACCAUUGGAUAUAGUAUUCAAAGAUAUGUGGCGGGAAGCUGAAAAGAAUCGCGAGAAAUGGGGCUGUAAGUCUUCCACUUGUCAUUCAUAUAGAUGUGUUCUCAUCUAAACCUAUUCACCUUCAAACUAGUGCUCUUCUUCUAAUAUUUACCAGAUCUUGGAAGAACAGCAACCUUGGCCGAUACCUCUGACAAUGAAGGAACAACAACAGUGUGGAUUACAUACUGGAACGAUCUUCAGGGUCUCCACGAGUUCGCCGCAUCGGCAGCUCAUCGUCUUAGUUAA